GUCCGCUGGAGUUCGCACGCACAUGGACACACACACACACACACAUCCAUCCAUCAAUCAAUCCGUAUGCUGCACAAGGCUCCACCCAGUUGGCUUUUCCACAGCAGCAACGCAACGCGCCACACAAGACGACCACAACACGAUGGUACGCAAGGAAAACGACCACAUGAGUCCGCCAAAGAAUGGGUGUGGCGGUGGAGGGACGCAUGGAGGUGUUGGCGCACAGGCAGUGACGGCAAGGCACGGCCAUCAUCGUCUGGGCACCAACACACCAUUGCGUCCAUCCAUCCAUCCAUACAUCACAUAGCGCACCAUCAUGUCCAUCCAAUGCACCAAGCCAGUAGACAUACAUCCACAUACACAUGCACAAGCCAGUAGACAUCCCUCCCUCCCUCCCUCCCUCCAUUUGCCUCUUCUCUCUCGGUACGGUCGGUAUAUACAUCAGAUAGACAGAGGCAUACAGUACUUAUACAGAGAAAGACGUGGCCGACAAGUGAUGUGAUGCACAUCAACAGGCAUGCCAUAGUGAACGAACGGCAUAUAUUGAAUAUAUCAGUACUUACAUAACGCUUGUUUCCUAACACGCACGCCAGCAUGCCCUCAGUCAGUGAUGGAUAGCCCUGUGUGUGUCGCUCAUUUCAUUCUCUUUGCUGUCUUUUCUGAGCGUUUGUGUCUGCCGGUUCGUUCGAUGCGCCUCGAACGCACGCAAACGAUCCAAAAAGGCAGCAAAGUGAAGGUGAGUGAGCACACCACACCAACCAGUCAGUCACAAUCAUCAAAACCAACCAACACAGAGAGGGAGUGUGCGCGUGCGAGCGUGUGUGUGUAUGGUGUGUGCGACAAAACCACCCCACACACCCACCAUGAGCCAAUCCAUCCUUCUCCCUCCCUCCCACCCUCCCAUAUGCACAUGGUCGCUCUCUGUAUCUGUCUGUCUGUCUAUCUAUCAGUAUCUCGCUUAGGAUUGGUAGAUUCGGAAUGUGCGUUCGAUCCGUUGUUGGCAUAUGGGGCAGCGGCCUGUGGACCUCACUACCGACGUGGCGCACGCUUGGCACACGCAGAGGUGGUCUGACAACAAACAAACAAGCAUACACACACACAUACAUACAGCAACACCAGGUGUGUAUGUGUGUGUGUGUGUGAUGUCUGUUUGUUCUUGUGUUGUGUGUGCUCUCACUGCAUGGGCUGAAUGCAUGUGUCUUGUGCCGCUCGUGGCACACCGCACAGAAGCGCUCCAAGUCGCGCCGCUCCUGCAGCUCCCUCUCUACCGCAGACACCUGACGCUUCAACUGACACACAGACACACACGCGGAAGCACAAACAGGUAGAGGAAUACAGGCUUGUCGUGUGUGUGUGUGUCCAUAUCACCUGAUCCAACCGUGCCUCUAGCUGGGCCAUGCUCAUAUUGCCAUAUCCCCCACCCCUACCGCCACCCCCUCCCCCUCCCGCCGCCUCCACCCUCACCGCCCCCUGCCGCCGCAGCUGCUGGAUCUCACGGUUGAGGCUCUCGUUGAUGCUCGCCUGUUUGUCGAUGAUCUCGUCCUUCCUGUCACUCUCGCGGCGGAGUUUGGCAAUUUCCUUCAGCAGCUGGUCGUAGUUCUCCAAAUCCCGAAGCCUCUCCUCUUCCUCGUCAUGCGGUUGGUUGCGGUGGUGGCCGUAGUUGGUGCGAUGGCGGCGGUCUCUAUCAGGGAACAAGUCGCGCUGAGAGCCGCGCUGCUCCGUCCGGCGGCGGUCGGUGUCGUACACCAUCUCAAAUCUGCGGCCGCCCUGCCGCCUAGUGGCCGACAUGCAGGACAGUCAAGGUGAGCGAUGAGGGGCGGAGGGGCGGGAAGAGUGGGACAUCUGCGGGCGGGCGGUGAGGGAAAUAGGGAUGCGGGGCGACGGAUGGCAGGGAGAUGGUCCUCCCCGCCGAAAUGAGCUACCACCAGUGAGUGGUGGACGAGAUGCCGAAUGCCGAUGUCUAGAACGAAGGUCUCCUCAGCGACAAGAUGAGGGCCGAUGCCGCUCCUGCACACGCGCGCGGGAAUUUGUUGCUGCUGGAAGGCUUAUAUGCUG